CGCUGACUUACGCUGCCCGCUCUCCCGGCGGGUUUCGGCAGGGAUGGAGCCGCUGGACGAGCUGGACCUGCUGCUGCUGGAGGAGGACGGCGGACCGGAGGCCGUGCCGCGGGUGGAGCUACUUCGGAAGAAGGCGGAUGCUUUGUUCCCGGAGACAGUUCUGAGCCGAGGAGUGGAUAACCGGUACCUGGUGCUAGCUGUGGAGACCGUGCAGAAUGAAAGAGGAGCUGAGGAGAAGCGCUUGCUCAUCACCGCAGACCGAGAGCACGAAGUCCUGUGCAUCCUGAGGAAUGGCUGGAGCUCGGUACCGGUUGAGCCAGGGGACAUCGUUCACUUAGAGGGAGACUGCACAUCCGAACCGUGGAUCAUCGACGAUGACUUUGGAUAUUUUAUCCUGUACCCGGACAUGAUGAUCUCCGGCACAAGCGUCGCCAGCAGCAUUCGGUGUCUGAGACGAGCUGUCCUGAGCGAGACCUUCAGGGCCUCUGAUCCCGCCACUCGCCAAAUGCUGAUCGGUACGAUUCUCCACGAAGUCUUUCAGAAAGCCCUAAGCGAGAGCUUUGCCCCAGAAGGGCUACGAGACCUUGCUCUUCAAACCCUCCGUGAAAUGAGGCAUUUGAAGGAAAUGUAUCGCUUGAAUCUGAGCCAAGAUGAAGUAAUCUGUGACGUUGAGGAGUAUCUCCCUUCUUUCUCUAAGUGGGCGGAGGACUUCAUGCCUAAGGGCCCUUCUGCUGACUUCCCUCAAAUGCAGCUCUCUCUGCCUAGUGAUGGCAGUAACAGAAGUUCACCUUGUAACAUUGAAGUAAUCAAGUCCCUGGAUAUUGAAGAGAGCAUCUGGUCCCCAAGGUUUGGACUGAAGGGCAAAAUAGACGUCACAGUCGGGGUCAAAAUACAUCGAGAUUGUACAACGAAAUACAAGAUCAUGCCGCUGGAGCUGAAGACCGGCAAAGAGUCCAACUCCAUCGAGCACCGGAGUCAGGUGGUCCUGUACACGCUGCUAAGCCAGGAGAGACGGGAGGACCCCGAGGCUGGCUGGCUUCUCUACCUCAAGACCGGGCAGAUGUACCCCGUGCCCGCCAACCAUCUGGACAAAAGAGAACUGCUGAAGCUCAGGAACCAGCUGGCCGCCUCGCUGCUGCACCGCGUGAGCAGAGCCGCUCCCGGGGAGGAGGUUCGGCUCUCCGCCUUGCCACAGAUAAUCGAGGAAGAGAAGACCUGUAAAUACUGUUCACAGAUGGGCAACUGCGCUCUUUAUAGCAGAGCAGUUGAAGAACAGGGAGAGGACACAUCCAUCCCAGAAGCCAUGCUGUCCAAAAUCCAGGAAGAAACGCGGCACCUGCAGCCGGCGCACUUAAAGUAUUUCAGCCUGUGGUGUCUCAUGUUGACGCUGGAGUCGCAGUCUAAAGACAAUGGGAGGAAUCACCAGAGUAUCUGGUUAACGCCUGCCUCUGAACUGGAGGAGAGUGGCAACUGCAUUGGAAACCUGGUCAGGAUGGAGCCUGUAUCAAGAGUUUGUGAUGGACAGUAUUUACAUAAUUUUCAGCGGAAAAAUGGCCCCAUGCCAGCCACCAAUCUGAUGGCAGGUGACAGGAUUAUUUUAAGUGGAGAAGAGAGAAAACUAUUCGCUUUGUCUAAAGGCUACGUGAAGAAGAUUAACAAGGCAGCCGUAACCUGCUUGCUAGACAGGAACUUGUCGACACUCCCAGAAACAACACUGUAUCGAUUAGACCGGGAAGAGAGACAUGGCGAUAUAAGUACUCCAUUAGGAAAUCUGUCUAAAUUGAUGGAAAGCACAGACCUCAGCAAAAGACUUCGAGAAUUAAUCAUCGAUUUCAGGGAACCUCAGUUCAUAGCCUACCUCAGCUCCGUCCUUCCACACGAUGCAAAGGAUACAGUGGCCAACAUUCUAAAGGGUUUGAAUAAGCCCCAGAGACAAGCAAUGAAGAGAGUUCUUCUUUCGAAAGACUACACACUCAUUGUUGGCAUGCCAGGGACAGGGAAGACGACCACGAUCUGUGCCCUGGUGAGGAUCCUCUCUGCCUGUGGUUUCAGCGUUCUGCUGACCAGCUACACGCACUCCGCCGUUGACAACAUUCUCCUAAAGUUAGCCAAGUUUAAAGUCGGAUUUCUGCGCUUGGGUCAGUCUCAUAAGGUCCAUCCAGGAAUCCAGAUGUUUACAGAGGAGGAGAUUUGCAGAUCGAGAUCCAUUGCGUCCUUAGCCCAUCUAGAAGAACUCUAUAACAGUCACCCUAUCGUUGCAACAACCUGCAUGGGGAUAAACCACCCAAUAUUUUCCCGAAAAACCUUUGAUUUCUGUAUUGUGGAUGAAGCCUCUCAGAUCAGCCAACCCGUCUGCCUGGGCCCACUGUUCUUUUCUCGGAGAUUUGUGCUGGUAGGGGACCAUCAGCAGCUGCCUCCCCUGGUUCUAAACCAGGAAGCAAGAGCUCUGGGCAUGAGCGAGAGCUUGUUCAAGAGGCUGGAGCGGAAUGAAAGCGCUGUGGUACAGCUGACCGUGCAGUACCGAAUGAACAGGAAGAUUAUGUCCCUGAGCAACAAGCUCACAUACGCAGGGAAACUGGAGUGUGGGUCAGACCGAGUGGCCAACGCAGUGCUAGCCCUGCCCAACCUCAAGGACGUGAAGCUGAGCCUCGAGCUUUAUGCCGACUACUCUGGCAGCCCCUGGCUGGCUGGAGUGUUAGAGCCAGACAAUCCCGUGUGUUUCCUUAACACAGAUAAGGUCCCAGCUCCAGAACAAGUUGAAAAUGGCGGUGUUAGCAAUGUCACCGAAGCCAGACUCAUCGUCUUCCUAACCUCAACUUUUAUAAAGGCAGGCUGCAGCCCGUCCGACAUUGGCGUCAUCGCCCCGUACCGACAGCAGCUGCGGAUCAUCAGUGACCUACUGGCCCAGUCUUCUGUUGGGAUGGUCGAGGUUAACACAGUAGACAAAUACCAAGGAAGGGACAAGAGUCUCAUCCUGGUGUCCUUUGUUAGGAGUAAUGAGGAUGGCACCCUCGGCGAGCUCCUGAGAGAUUGGCGGAGACUCAAUGUGGCGAUCACCAGAGCCAAGCAUAAACUGGUCCUGCUGGGCAGCGUGUCCUCGCUGAAGCGCUUCCCGCCUCUGGAGAAGCUCUUUGACCAUCUGAACGCAGAGCAGUUAAUCCUGGACCUUCCUUCCAGAGAGCAUGAGAGCCUCUGCCACGUCCUGGGCGAUUGUCAGCGAGACUGAGACCCUGCGCAGCAUAGACGCUCCAGUUUAGGUUUGCUGGGAAUGCCACCCUUAAACUGACGGUGACUUAGGAUGUGAAUGUACUGUUUUCAAAGUUCCAGAGUUUUCUCUUCUGUUACCACGCAAAAUUCUACCUUAAAAGUCCUGAUGUACCCAAAAUUGAGAAGUUAAAUUUGGAAAUACUGCAAGUAUAUCUGCAUCUGAUCAAGGGAAAAAAGAUUUUCUACUUAAGUCGUGGAUUGGCCUUGGGGUCUAUACUGUAAUGCCUAAGGUUCAGUUAUAGCUCAAGGCUGAGAGUUCACAAAAGAAACUACAACUUCAGGUCUGGUUCCCAGUCGUACAAGUUACGUUUAAAGGAUCCGACGACUGGCCCAUCUCAUUGCUUGAAGCCACUCUGGGCCAAGGAGAUCAGGGGUCUAUUACUCUGAAUUUUGGGCUUUCCUGGUUGUUUUAUAUUUAAUAUUAGAUGAGGAUUUGAUAUAAAUGUAUUUUUGAUCUAUUUCUGAGGAGUUUGGGUUUCUGAAUUGAUGCUAGCUUACAAGGUACACCCUAUUUCACCCUGGUUUGCCUUUUUUAGGUUACUACUCAGCUUUUUCACUUAUGUACAGAUGUUUUUAAAAAUAAAUUUAUUGGCAAGUAAUUAGCAUCUCUAUAUUAUAUGUAUGGUGACAUUUCCACAUCAGGUCUUCAUCUCCUGGAGGGGAAAAACUUCUACCUCAGAUUGGAAAUUUAAAUAUGUUAAAAUAGUUGGUGCUUCUGUCUGUUUUAUUAUUUAAUGUACAGUUGAAUAAAUUUUUUUGUCCUGAUAAACUU